AUGGCAAGCCAAGCGCAACAGCAAGAGCGACUUCACUUUGUGGUAGUCGUUCUGGGUGAUCUUGGCAGGUCACCAAGGAUGCAAUAUCACGUGCUGUCUUUGCUGGGUCUUGGAGAGCAUGUUCGUGUUUCUUUUGUCGGAUACACGGGAGAAGAUCUUGUGGAGGGUCUUCAAGGCCAAGACAGGUUGGAUGUUAUUCGAUUUCACAUACCAGCUCCUGCCAUGCUGGAAAAGAUCAAGCCUCUCUACCUCAUUUGGAGAAUAUUGUCACUGUCGGUCUGUCUGCUGUGGCUGUUGCUCUUUUCUGUCAAAUCAGAUCCACAAGUCACCUGCAUUUUGGUGCAAAACCCACCGGCAAUUCCACUGCUCUUCAUCGCACUCUUGUACACCCGAAUCAAGGCCAUAACACAACAACAACGGCCAGAUUUUGUCAUUGACUGGCAUAACCUAGGAUACUCCAUGUUGAAUGGACGUACUUUUCGAAAAAUUGCCGAAGCUUUCGAGUUUGAAAUUGCCCCAUUGGCGGAUGGACAUCUUACUGUCACGGCUGCCAUGAAAGAUUUCUUGAUGGAUAGAAAGGUUGUCAAGCAGGACAAUAUCAUCUCGGUACUCUAUGAUUGUCCGCCUGCCAUGUUUGCUCCAUUGCAGCUUAUUCAGCAGCAUGAGACGCUCCAAAAACUACACAAUGCCCUGAGUCAAUCGAUUCCAAAAUCCUGGAAUCUCCAUUCUCUCGACACAUCCAAAGAAACUAUCCUCACCAGCAAACUACACAAUGGCAAUUUUGAACCCAGGAAAGGCAGACCGGCAUUUGUCACCAGCUCUACUUCCUGGACGCCAGAUGAAGACUUUGGCGUUCUGUUGGAUGCGCUGGUGACCCUGGAUACUACUAUUCAGGAAAACGAAUCAACCCUCAAAGUGUUGGUCGCUGUCACGGGGAAAGGUCCUUUGAAGAGCUACUACGAGGAAAAGAUGUCAAAGUUGAAACUGACGUCCGUAGCCAUACAAACAGUCUGGCUGGAACCAAAUGACUAUCCAAGGCUGCUGGCAUGUGCCGAUUUAGGGAUAUCGCUCCACACGUCGACAUCUGGUCUCGACCUCCCGAUGAAGAUUCUAGAUCUUGCCGGAUGCCAAGUACCUGUAUGCGCAUUAGACUUUGCAUGUCUCUCCGAACUAGUCCAGGACAAACAUAAUGGAAGGACAUUCAAGAACGCUUCAGAGCUUUCGGAUCAACUCUGGUCCUUGCUUUCUCCACUGGCCGAGAUGACCAACGCCAGCAGCCACGCUUACGGAGACUUGGCUGGAUAUUCUGACAAUCUCAAGGGCCGCACUAGAUGGCAAGAGAAUUGGUCUCGCAAUGCUUUGCCAGUUCUAAUGAAGCAGGGAUCUAGUAGCUAG